AUGUUUAAAACUACUGCACCUUGGAAAACACUUCUAGAGAAGUUAUUGGAUGAUAAUAAAGCUAUAUCAAAAGAUAUUUUCAAUGUAGCCGUCGGUACAAUUGAGAACAAUCGUCCAAAAGUGCGGAUCAUGGUGCAUCGUGGAUUUGCGUCUGAAAGUAACAUUCUAUUAAGUACGACUGAUAUACGUAUGCAAAAAGUAAAGCAAUUCGAGGCAAAUUACGUCAAAGAUCAAGGCACACCAUUAGAGUAUGUUUUCUGGAUAGAACCUGCAAUGCGCCAAUUAAGAAUACAAGCAAAUGCUUUCCUUUUACCUUCACCUCAAGUCAAGGAUAAGUAUAAUCCAACACCAUUACCUGAUUCACUCCUUCAAACAGGUAUCGACUUUGAAUCUGAACGUGUGAAAAUUUGGGAUGAAAUGUCAGAUCCUUUAAGAGCAGCUUUUGCUAAACCUGUUGCCCCUGGUUCAGAUAGAAACUCUCGCAUUGACAUUAAAGAAUAUCCAAAGAAGGUACAAGUUGAUAAGCAGGAUAAAUGGUAUAAUGAAGGACUUGAAAGAUUCACAUUAGUUAUAAUUGAUCCAAUAGAAGUAGAUUAUUGCGAUCUAAAAAGUCAGCCUAACGAACGUAAAAUUUUCCGUAAAGAAGCUGAUUUCUCAUGGUCAGAAAAGGAUGUAGAACCUUGA